AUGAGUUUAGAAAUGGGAAUUGGGACAACUGUCCAAAAAUUCACCUUGGAGGGGUUUCCUGCCUUCCAACACCUGGGAAAGUUCCUCUUCCUGGUGCACCUGUUGGUGUACCUGGUGUCCAUUGCAGGCAAUGCGGUCAUAGUCACCAUCACCUGUGUUGACUCCUGGCACCACACACCUAUGUACUUGUCCCAGCACUUUCUCCUUCUUGGAGUGUGGUGUCAUAAGUGCUGUUUUCCUAAGUUGCUGGUCAUCCUUUUGUCAGGUAGUCAAGCCAUUUCCUUUCCUGCCUGUUUCCUACAAGGCUUUGUCUUUUUAUUUCUUGGAGCAACAGGUUUCCUCAUCAUAGCAGUGAUGUCUCUAGAUCGGUAUGUGGCCAUUUGCAAGCCUCUGCAUUACCCGACCAUCAUGAACCUGAAGACUUGCUUCCUCCUGGUCACUGCCUGCUUUGUUUUAGCCUUCCCUCUCAUCACUGGUCUGUUAGUAAAGUUAAAUUUCUGUGGCCCCAAUGUCAUUACCCAUUUUUUCUGUGAGGUCCCUCCUCUCCUGCUUCUCUCCUGUAGCUCCACGUAUGUGAACAGCAUCAUGAUUGUCCUGGCUGAUGCGUUUUAUGGCAUAUUGAACUUCCUGAUGAUCAUUGUGUCAUACGGCUUUAUCAUCUCUAGCAUCCUCAAGAUGCGGACUGCGGAGGGGAAGAAGAAAGCCUUUUCCACCUGCUCCUCCCACCUCAUUGUGGUAUGCAUGUAUUAUACUGCUGUCUUCUAUGCCUACAUAAGCCCAGUCUCCAGCUAUAGUGCAGAGAAGAGCAAGUUGGCUGGCGUACUGUAUACUAUGGUGAGCCCUACGCUCAACCCCCUCAUCUAUACUUUGAGAAACAAGGAAGUCAAGGCAGCCCUCAGGAAGCUUUUCGCCUUCUCCAGAAAUUAA